GGUAGCUCAUUGUGUGCCUGUGGCCGCCAUGACACUUUAUGCUGCAGUCCGCAUCUGAGAUAUAUUCUUGCCUCAGUCCGCAUCCUAUCAGUCGGGGCCCGCGCCAUCCAGGUAUUGGCCGAGGGAGGCGGAAGGCUGGCUUCCUCUCCUCCGCCGCCGCAUUUUAUCAGUCCCGCCCCGCGCCAUCCAGGUGACAUGGAGGAAGAAAGAAUAAGUGUUGGGUUACAGAAAAGUAUGAUGCAGGACUCGGUGACCUUUGAGGAUGUGGCUGUGGACUUUACCCAGCAGGAGUGGGCUUUGCUGGAUCUUGCUCAGAGGAGCCUCUACAGAGAUGUGAUGCUGGAAACCUUCCAGAACCUGGUCUCACUAGGGUACCCACUACUCACACCCAACCUGAUCUCCCAGUGGGAACAAGAGGAGGAACUGCAGACAGUAAAGACAGAACUUAUCCAGGGCAUCUGUACGGAGCAGCACCAGGAAGGUUUUGAGUCUCUACUUAAUACUAAGGAAUUAGUUGCUCUUCAAGAUAACAAUGGAGAAAAAAUAUCCAAUGACCAGAAAAUAGUGAGAUUCAAAAGAAAUGGUUCCUGCUCAUCUAUUUCACAUGAUAACCAGGACUUCCAUGGUGUGGAUGAUUGGAACAAAAGCCAUGAGAAAGGUUUAAGUCAUGUGGUAGAAAACAUCUGUGAAUACAAUGAAGAAAAUCAAUGUGGACAAAUUUCAAAUCUUAUGCUCCAGAGAACUACUGAAGUCAAAUCCUUUGAAUGCUAUGAGUGUGGAAAGUCCUUCCUGUUUCAUUCAUCACUUAAGAAUCACAGCAGAUCUCAUGCUGGAAACAAACCCUAUCAGUGUAAGGAAUGUGGGAAAGCCUUCCAUUUUCUUGGUGGUUUUAAGAAGCAUAUGAAAACUCCUACUGAAGAAAAACCAUAUGAAUGUAAGGAAUGUAUAAAGGCCUUCAGUUGUUCCUCCCUGUUCAGAGCACAUAUGAAAAUUCAUAGUGAAAAGGCAAAGUAUGAAUGUAAGGAAUGUGGGAAAACCUUCAGUAGUUCUUUCCACCUCACAGAACACAAAAGAAUUCACAGUGGAGAUAAGCCCUAUGAAUGUGAGGAAUGUGGGAAGGCCUUUAGUUGUUCCUCAUCACUCUCCAAACACAAAAGAAUUCAUAGUGGAUAUAAGCCAUAUGAAUGUAAGGAAUGUGGGAAGGCCUUUAGCUGUUCCUCUCAUCUUAUAAGACAUAUAAGAAUUCACACAGGAGAGAAACCUUAUGAAUGUAAAGAGUGUGGGAAGGCCUUCAGUGAAUCCUCAAAUCUCAAUGUACAUUUGAGGACACACACCAGAGAGGAACCAUAUAAAUGUAAGGAAUGUGGGAAGGCCUUCAGUUGUCCCUCAUCUUUUAAAGCACAUGUGAGAGAUCACAAUGGUAAGGUGCAAUAUGAAUGUAAGGAGUGUGGGAAGGCCUUUAGUCGUUCCUCAUCCCUCACUGAACACCUAAGAACUCACAGUGGAGAAAAGCCUUAUAUGUGUGAGGAAUGUGGGAAAGCCUUCAUUAGUUCUUCCUAUCUUACAGUACAUAGAAGAACUCACACUGGAGAGAAACCUUAUGAAUGUAAGGAAUGUGGGAAAGCCUUCAUAAGUUCUUCCUAUCUUACAGUACAUAGAAGAACUCACACUGGAGAGAAACCUUAUAAAUGUAAAAAAUGUGGGAAAGCCUUUAUUUGUUUCUCAGCUCUUAAUAUCCACAUGAGAACCCACACUGAGGGAAAACCCUAUGAAUGUAAGGAAUGUGGGAAGGCAUUUCGACAUCCUUCAUACCUUACUAUACAUGCAAGAAUGCACACAGGAGAAAAACCCUUUGAAUGUCUGGAGUGUGGAAGAGCUUUCAGUUCUCCCUCAUCCUUUGGGAGACAUGUGAGAAGCCAUACUGGAGAGACAUAUGAAUGUAAGGAAUGUGGGAAAGCCUUUAUUUGUCCAGCCUACUUUCAAAGACGUGAAAAUUCACACAGGGGACAAUAUAUAAAUGUAAGGAGUAAGGGAAUCUCUGCAAGACUUUUUCUGAACUAAUGAAAUUUGUGAAGUCUCAUUUUGUGAAGUUUCAUACUGUAGAGACUCUAUAAAUGUGAGAAAGUAGGAGAUUAUCACUCAUUCUUUUGAAGAGUUGAGGACAACUUAGAGAAACCCUGUGUUUGUAAGCUAUAUGGUAAAGCCAUUUGAUUUUGAACAUAACUUGUGCUGCAGUCUGGCUGGGCUGUGCAAAGUAGCGGGGGGGGGGGGGCACAAGCAACUUGUGACGUUUGAAACAGCGGGAGCCUCUUUAUUCAGAACAGCACAGGUGUAUAUACCCAACUAAAUACACACAGCUUAUCUCAAUUAACAUCUAAUUACAGCAAUCAGUCAUUAAGGAAUCCUCAUCAUCUUAAUAAUUAGACACAGCUUAACUCAAUUAACAUCAUCUAGAUACAGCAGUCAGUCAUUAAGGAAUCCUCAUCAUCUUAAUAGCUCGCUGGUGUUACUUGUCAAACCACUCCUGCCAAAGUGCCAGGCGCCUACUUGACUUGGCUGUGGCUCUCAACACUUGUAGAAGAAAAUUCAAAAUUUGAGCUAGAAGAGAAGAUCAGUGCCUCAUUAAAGUGGACUUCUAGAGGGUCAUUGAUUUCCAAUGUUUUCUAAUAGGAAGAUUUAAGGUUAUAUGUUUCCCUUGUCAGCUUUUAUGACAUACUUUUGAGUAUGAGAUGAGUUUCUUUAGCUGAGAUGUAAAUGUUAUUUCCAUUACAAAAUCUUUUGGACUCUUGGGAGGUUGUGUGUGUACGUGUGUGUAUGCUUCUCCUCUGAGACAGGGUCUGGCUAUGUUGUCCAGGCCUGUAACUCCUGGACUUCUGCCUUAGCCUCCUAAGUUUGGGAGUGCAGGCAUAUAUCAUUGAGUCUGGCUCAAGUGCAUUUUUUUUUUUUUUUAAUUGUUGUUUUAGUUUAAACUCACAGCAUGGGAACCUUCUUCUUCUUUGUCUUUGUCUUUGCCUUCGCCUUCUUCUUCUUCUUCUUCAUCUUUGCCUUCGUCGUCGUCUUCUUCGUCUGGAUACUGAAAGUUGCCUACCCAAUAAUUCCCCCCUUCCCUUUAAACUAAGAGUACCAACUGUUUUGGGGAAUACCAGUGUUUACUAUCAAAAGCUUUUCAUGUGUAAUAAAAAGUUUUAGUAGAAAUUAAUUAGUACAAAGGCCUUGAAAGAUUAUAGUCUCCUCUGAUUGCUGUUUUGUGUUUUAUUCUUUAUGUUUGUUCAUGACUGGAAUCUUUGUUAAUUUAAUUUUUUCAAGUUGUUGAUGGGUCUUUAUUUUAUUUAUUUAUAUGUGGUGCUGAUAAUCGAACCCAGUGUCUCAUGCACGCUAGGUAAGCACUUGACUACUGAGCUACAACCCCAGCCCUCAUGGCUGGAAUUUUGAUCUAAUGUUUUAAGUUAAUAAAGUGUGUUAUAUUAAUUUGGAUAUAGCUGAGGACUACAUUUCCCUUAAUCACUUCUAAUCCUAGGUGAUAGUUUUCUAAAAUAACUUUGCAAUAAGUUUGAAAGGCUUUAGGGAAGGAGCUACAAUUGCCUGCUUAUUAGAACCACAAUAUAGGUAGACAGAUGAGUAGGGACCUUGUUGGCCCCAGUUUUCAGCUCAUUUUUCUGAGUAUUGAACGCACUGAUCCAUACUUGCUCAAAACUGAAUGUUAAGUGCUUGACAUCAGUCUCCUCAGGGUCUGCACCUCCUCUAAUGUCUCCAUUAACUGCUGUAUCCUGGCCAAACACAACUUAGAUUUCUCUGGCAAGCUCUGGUGUUGCAAUUUUGGCAUUUUUCCUUCUCAUUGCACGUCCUCUGGCACUUUCACUGCCCUGUUAGAGUUGACCAGUUUGCGGAAGGAUUGUCAUCAUGCUCACAGUCCAGUCCCAUCCUUCACUCUGCUUAUGGGAUUGGUGUCUCUACAAGCCUACCAUGGUCCCAAAAGUGAGUAGAGCUGUGAUUAAUGAAGUUAUCCUGACUGUAAUUGAGGCAAGCCUCAGAUAGGCGUCAUCCUAUUUUGGUAGAGGAGGCUUUAUAUUUGAUACCUUCAGACAGGGAAGAUUUUACUACCUUUAUGUGAGAAGAGGAAUGCUAUGAGCUGUUUCAGGUACAUUUUGCUACCUCCUCCCCUUUUUUAAAACAUUGUAUUUUAAGGAGUGGUGUUGUGGCUCAGUGGUAGAGCAUUUGCCUAGCAUGUAUGAGGCACUGUGUUUGAUUCUCAGCAUGGCAUAUAAAUAAAUGAAUAAAAUAAAGGUCUAUUAACAACUAAAAAUAUUUUAGAAAAUUAUAUUUUAUCUCUUAAAAGCAUAACUAUACCAUUUCCCUUAAUCACUUUUUACUGUUUAUCAAGGUAUACAUACAAUAAUGUGCAAGCUGUGUACAGCUUGAUGUAAUUUCACAUAGAUGUACACAUCCUGGUGGACACAUUUCCAGGAUUCCAGGAAGUUUUCUCAAUAAUCACUCCACAGAGGAAAUUGGAUUUUGACUCUUAUUAUGCUUGAUUUGGUGUGCUUUUUCUCACUUUUCAAAUAAAUGUUAAAACUACAACAUGUACUGUUACAUGUUUGGCUUCUUUUACUCAACAUAAUGUCUGGUUUGUCAGUUGGUUGCUCUUAUUUCUCUUGGUAUAAGCUAUAUGUGGGGAAUGCAAUUACUGAAUGAUAGGGUAGACUUGAAUUGUAGUUUUGGUAGAUACUUUAGAUUUUCAAAAAUGUUGGUUCCACCAGUAAGUCCCCAACAGUGCAUGUGAGUGUUGGCUAUUCUGCAUAGUGGGCCCACGCUUUCUAACUUUAGCUCUUCAGCAGAGUGUGUGGUGAUAUCUGUUUUUUGUUGUUGUUGAAAUAUGCAUUUUCCUGAUAUUGAGUACUUUUUGGUGUGCUUAUUGGUUAUUUGGAUAUCUUUAUUAGGCUACCUUUUGAAGCGUUUCACCCAUUUUUAUUUUCUUUUUUCUUUUGAAGUGUUUCCUUGCUGCUAAAAAGUCCUUGGCUAUAACUAAGCUUCAAUCUGGAUCCUGAGGCUAAAAGAUGUGCAUUUGUCUGUCUCCAUGUCUUGGCUGUGCAUCCUUUUGCAUUGUCUUUUCUUCCAGCUGGGAUGUUUUCUUCACAGUAGGCUUCAGAAGUUCUGUGCUGCUUUCUUCCCAAGAUAAUGCUUCAGGGAGAAGAGUGACAUCUUUUUUGAACAGUUCAAAUAUAAUUAUCAAAAUGGAAUCUGAGGAGGGGAGGGGGGGAUAGUAGAGGAUAGGAAAAGCAACAGAAUACAACAGACACUAGUAUGGCAGUAUGUAAAAACGUGGAUGUGUAACCGAUGUGAUUCUGCAAUCUGUAUAUGGGGUAAAAAUGGGAGUUUAUAACCCACUUGAAUCAAAUAUAUGAAAUAUGAUAUGUCAAGAGCUAUGUAAUGUUUUGAACAACUAAUAAUAAAAAAAUGAAAAAAAAAAUGGAAUCUGAUUAAUGGCUUAUUUGUCCACCAUGGCCAGGGGAAUGUUAAUACUCUGAUUUGUUUAGGACCAGCUCCCAGUUUCUCAUUGAGAAACUGAGGUUAGAAUUUGUACCCCUAAAUCAUAGAGCCCUGGCAGUUAUGAUGCACAUGGAGAGGAGAGAGAGGCAGCUGUGAGCAGGUGGGGGCUCAACAUAGGGUCAAUAUUGUACCUUAUGCUGACUUCGGGAAAUACAAAGUCUAGGAACUUACCUAGUGUUUGUUCCUAGAAAUCGUUUUAGAAUGUCAGAUGCCAUAUGUCUUUUAAUUGCUAAAAAUUGCUCUCAGUCUUUACAGAACAUAAAAAUAAGUAGAGAUCUGAGUGUUCUUUAUGAAGUAUUUGCCUAGACCAAGAUAAUGAAUAUAUUUUAUGUUUUCUUCUAGACCCUUCAUUGUUUGACUUCUUGUAUUUAGGUUGGUGAUCCAUUUCAAGUAUUUUUGUUUGUUUGUUUGUUUGAUAGGGUGUGAGGUGGGAUUCAGGUGUAUGUGUACAGAUUUAUCCACUAGAUCAUGUUUUCCCUCUGCUUAGGUAGGCAAUCUAUGUCUUUUGGUUUGUUUGUCUUUUCUUGCAGCAGCACCAUACUAUCUUAAUUUGUAUUGCUUUGUAGUAUUUUUGGAAAUCUAGUAAUAAAUUCUAAUUUUAGAAUUUAUUAAUUUUUAUAAAAAUAUUCAGGGUCUAUUUUAUAGAAUAACCUAAGGAAAAUUGACAUCUUUACAGAAUUGCAUCUUUCAAUUGAUGAACAUGAUGCAACAAUCCAUUUACCUAGGUUGUCUUUAACUUUUCUGAAGGCAUUUUGUAGUUUAAUUGUAGAGGUCUUGAAUGCCUUUGUUUAAUUUAUUUCUAGAUACGUGGUGUGUUUUGCUUGGUAAAUUUUUUUAUUUUUAAUUUUUGAAUUAGUACAUACCUUUACAAUAUCUUUUUCUUACAUCAGCUUUAUAGCUAGUGAGAUAAAUUUAACUCACUCAAAUAAUUCUCACCUGGUUUCUAAAACUUCUAUUUAUUUUUGUUGUCUUAUUUAAUGAAUAGAGGUCAUGAAAAAUGAAUAUCUUUUCCUUGUUCCUGUAUGAAAGAGUAGUCAACAUCUCACCAUUAAAUAUAAUGCUACUUGUAAAUUUUCAUAGAUAACUUUUAUCAAAUUAAGGGAAUUCUGUUUUGUUCCUGGAUUGUCAAAUGUUUUUAAAAAUCACAAAUUGAUAUUGGAUUAUAUCCAGUGCCUUUUCUGCAUGUAUCAGGGUCUUUAAAAAAAUCCUUAAUUCUGUUAACAAAAUGAACUAUACAUUCUUUGAUUUUCGGAUGGUAAAACAACAUGUAUUACUGGAAUAAAUUAAAUUUGUACA